AUGGGGGUGGAGAAGAGUCUUCCUCUGCUCUUGCGUCAUUACGCCAAGGACAGCGCUUCCCCGGUUUUGGGAGAAGGACUUGGCCAAUCCGAGAGAAGGGUAAGUAAGAGCAAGGGGCCAGCAGCCAGUAUAGCGAACAGAAAUCUGCACACAAGUUCCGGAGCAGGACACCGUCGUGCGCACGCGCAGGCGCCUGUGGGCGGGGCCUCAGACUCAGGUCCCGCCCAACCUCGCGCGCUUCCUCUUCCGACGGGAGGCGGGGCCGUUGCGCCCGCGGGAAACCCGGGGCAGCUGGUUCCGCUAGUCGCCGCCGACCGAAUGGCAGGUGUGGGGAAGCUGGCCCUACGGCCCUGGAUUCGACAGCUGAUUCUGGGAUCAGAGGCACUCUCAAGUCCACGGUCCGUGCAGCUGCUGGAGGUACUGGAGGAGGCCGAGGCCCCGGGCCCAUCCCACGCCUCCUACUCGUCGGACGUCGGGGCCACGCUGCUUUUGUCUGACGGGACCCACAGUAUCCGUUGCCUGUUGAUGCGGGAGACCCUGGACACCUUGAACUGGGAGGAGAAGGAGUUCGGCUUCCGUGGGCUAGAGGGCCGGCUGCUGCUGCUGCGGGACUGCAGGGUCCGCGUCCAGGUCGCUGAGGGCGGCGCGCCCGCAGAGUUCUAUCUCCAGGUGGACCGCUUCAGCCUACUGCCCAUAGAACAGCUCCCGGUACUGGUGACUGAUUGCAACCAAGAUGUGGAUGUUCAGAAAAAGCUUUAUGACUGCCUUGAAGAACACCUUUCAGAGGCUACACCUCCCAGAGCAGGUCUAUCACUGUCCCAGCUUCUGGAUGAAGUAUAUGAGGACCAAGAGCAUCGGGAGGCACUAGUGUGCCUGGCUGAGAGCUGCCUGAUGCUGGCAGGCCCUGGCACAGCACCACCCCUCACCCACUGGGCUACCUCAUGCUGCAGGGCCACGGGAGAAGAUGUGUACACUGUCCCCAGCUUAUUGCUUCACAUCUCUGAGAAUGACCAGCUAAUUCUGAACUCUCUGGGCCCCGGUCAGAGGGCACAGGGCCCUGAGCUGCCCCCACCAGACCCAGCUGUGCAAGACUUUUCUCUGACCCUGAUGUCUUCUUCCUCACCUAGUUCCUCAGGAACCCCUGCCUUACCCAGCCAUGGGCUAUCAGAGGAAAGUGGGGCCAGCAUCAGCUUUCUGCCUGCUCUGCCCUUGGCUGGUCCAGAUUCAGUACAGAAGGACAGCUUCCAGCCCCAACCAGCCCCUGGUUCUCUGCCCCCCAGCUCUCCACACCCCAGCGGUACACCCAACUCCCCACUCCGGAACUGUACUCCCAGUCUCCUGCCUCAUGGCCAUAUCCCCAAUCCACACCAAGCCCGUGUGACCAGGCCUCAGAAACCUGCCCUGGAGUUCAAAGAGCUAGCAUUAAUCCCCAAGAACCAGCAACUUUCUCCAAGGACGAGAACUACCAAGAGAGUCCAGGAGGCCUGUCCUGUCUGGGACCCACCAAAGAAGCAUCGUGAUGGUUCUGCCUUCCAAUAUGAGUAUGAGCCACCCUGUACCUCUCUCUGUGCCCAGGUCCAAGCUGCCAGGCUCCCUCCCCAACUCAUGGCCUGGGCCUUGCAUUUUCUGAUGGAGCCGCAGUUGGAGUCUGAGCUCACUCAGGUGUGAGAGGACAUGCAGGCACAUUGAAGGAUAUGCAUACACAGGUCCGUGCCUGGGGGUGGACAAAUGUUCCACACUCUGCUUCCUUUGAGUUUUUUAAUAAAAUAAUCUCAUGCGGCAGGA